AAUGGUUCAGGUUAUGAAAAAUUAAGGGGAUAUAAAUAUAUUUUACACGAAUUAUCGAAAACCUAGACUACAAGUCAAUAGGUCGAUGAAAGGAAUAGCAAAUUCGAGCUAUAUUAAUCAAAUAAUCGAUGUUCUAGAUUUUGUUUGGGUUAAAAUAUUAAGAGGUAGAUAUCAAAUAUUUUUUAUAUAAGGUCAGUUGUAAAUUUACUUCAUGCUUGAUUUAUUCCGUGUUAAGUACACUGCACUAAAGCUUGAGAUAGUGGAUAUAGCGGGCAUUCUGCUUAAACUAUUACGGGAUAAUGGAGAGGGUUACGCUAAAGAUUUUGUUUUUCAUGGGAAUUGCUAUUUUGGUCAGUUCUUCAGAUCCUGUUGUUACAACUGAAUUAGGAGAAAUAAUUGGAAAAACAACAACUUUGCCUUUGGAUUUAUUACCAUACAAGGAUGUUCAUCAAUAUUUGGGCAUUCCAUAUGCAAAAGCUCCUGUUGGUGAGAGGCGAUUUCUUAAACCAGAAGUGCUGUCAAAUUUAAUCGCACCUUAUGAUGCUAAAAGCCACGGAGCCAUGUGCCCACAGUCAACGUUUGGUCCUAUCGCUGUUACUAUGAGUGAAGAUUGUCUGUUUCUGAAUGUGUACGUGCCCGAUCAACCUUCAGAUAAACCAUCUGGCCAUGCCGUCAUGGUUUGGAUUCACGGAGGAGGAUUUCGAGAGGGAGCUGGAAGUCAAUAUGACGGAAGUUUCAUUGCUGCAUAUGGAAACGUUAUUGUUGUAACUAUCAAUUACAGACUUGGUUUGUUUGGAUUUCUCAGCACUGGUGAUAAAACAGUACCUGGAAAUGCUGGACUUUGGGAUCAGCGUAUGGCUUUGCAAUGGGUACAUACACAUAUAGAAAGUUUCGGGGGAGACAAGGGCCGGGUGACUGUAGUUGGGGGAUCUGCAGGAGCGAUCAGCACUAUGCUACAAGGAUUUAUGCCAGACAACCACGGACUUUUUCAACGGAUCAUAACACAGAGCGGUAGCAUUUCCAUGCCAGUAAAUGACAUGGAAAAAGAUGUGAAAAGUGACUUUAAACUGAUAGCAACCACUGUAGGAUGUUUGGAAGAUGACAUAUCCGAUAUUGUUGCCUGUUUGAGAGGAAAAAGUGUUGAAGAUUUAUUGUCAGGUAUCAGUCCCAUUGCAUUUUCACUUAAUUUUAGUCCGAUUAUUGAUGACGAUUUUUUGAAAAUUAAUCCUCAACAUAUUUCGAGACUAUCUGAAAGUGAAAGAUUAAAUGAAGUAGAGUUUUUCCGGUCUUUGGAUAUCUUGAGUGGAUUUAAUGCUUACGAAGGAGUGUUUUUUCUUCCAUUUAUGUUACUAACCAAUCAAAUUAAAGAUUUUACUCCUUCACGGGAAGAGAUGUCAAAUCAACUUGUCACCAAUGCUUUGAGUUACCUAUACAAGAAGCAGACAUUCCAAAAUGAAAUAACAAAACUUGUUGAAGCCCAACAUACGACCUGGACCAAUCCGUCUGACAGUGACAACAUUCGAUUACAACUGGUCAAAAUAAUAGGUGAUGGAUCUUUCUGUGUACCUGCGAUAGAGAUAUCUCGUCUGCACAAACAAUCAACGUCAUCUCGAAACUUCAUGUACCAUUUUACACCAAACCCAUCUUAUCGUCGGCUACCAAUGCCAAGCUGGCUUCCCGGUUCAACCCAUGCUGACGAAGUACCAUUUAUGUUUGGAAGUACUGAAAAGGUUGGUGUUGGAGAAGAAAAUGCCUGGGAAUUAGUACUUCUCACAAAUAUGGUGACGUACUGGACCAACUUUAUAAAGUCAGGUGACCCUAACAGACCGACAGCUAUAACACCACACUGGCCAGAAUACAACCUUGAAACUGGAGAUUACUUGAAGCUCGAGAAAUCCAUGUCAAACUCAUCUGCAGGACAGUAUUUCUACGAGGAAGAGGCUAAUUUCUGGUUGCACGUAUUUCCGGAUCUCGUAAAUGCUAUUAGUAAAGAAGAUGGGAGCUGUGAUCAUGACAACUAUUCUAACGCCGCUAACACUUUUUCUUUUGUGAUAUAUACAUUGAUUUUUGGUGUGGUUUUAGGAUUAUCCUUUUUCCUGUAUUAAAAGUUCAAGUAUUGCCAUAAUGACAGAGGUGUUAAUUUACGUACAUAUAAUUAAUUAUGACGAACUCACUCAAGAUAAAGGAAAUGAGCCGCGUCACGACAAAACAAACAUAAUGGGUUUGCGACCAGCAUGGAUCCAUCCGCGCAGUCUGAUCAGGAUCCAUGCUGUUCGCUUACAAACCCUAUAACAAGUAGAGAAACUGAUAGUGAACAGCAUGGAUCCUGAUCAGACUGCGCGGAUGCGCUAGCUGGUCUAGAUCCAUGCUGGUCGCAAACCCAUUAUGUUGGUUUUGUCGUGACACGGCUCAAAUGUUUAACUCAUCCUUUCUUUUAUUCUUUCUUCCUUUCUGAUAAUAGUGCUGAUGCUGAUAAUGAUCACGUUGUUUCCAGACACAAGGUUAACAUCUAUUAAAAAUGGACAUCAUAUGACGUCAUAAAACACUGUCGCCAUUAAAGACUAUAGUUCUUGCUCUUUUGAAAACUUAUUGAAAGAGUCGGCUAGGGUUUGUCGAAAUUUGCCAACAUUAUCUUUCCUUAUAGGUGCUUUGGUAUGGUUUUAGGAUAUUAAAAACUAUUCUGCCCGAUAUAUGUAUACAUUUAAUAGUGUCAAUGAAGUUUUAUAAACAUCAACUACAGUUUUUUUUUGUUUCAAAUUUUAUAUAAAAGCCUU